GCCGCCGCCGCCCGGGGCCGCCGCCGCCUCUCGCCUCUAGGAUGCGGCGCCUGCCGUGGCGCCUGGUGAGCGGCGCACCCGAGCAGGGAGCGGGCGGACGACGACGACGAGGAAGGCGGCCAGCAGCAGCAGGAGGAAGGCGGCCGCCGGACACGGAGCGCCCCGGGCGGCUGGUCGGAUUCCCCGGGAGGCAGCAGCAUCCUGACCCCGCUCUACAAUGGAAAAACUGCUUCUGUACCUGCUCUUCAUUGGCAUAGCGGCAAAGGCUCAGAUCUGUCCCAAGCGCUGCGUCUGCCAGAUCUUGUCGCCCAACCUCGCCACCCUUUGCGCCAAGAAGGGCCUCCUGUUUGUGCCCCCCAACAUCGACCGGAGGACCGUGGAGCUGCGCCUGGCCGACAACUUUGUCACCAGCAUCAAGCGCAAGGAUUUUGCCAACAUGACCAGCCUGGUGGACCUGACCCUCUCGCGGAACACCAUCAGCUUCGUCACCCCGCACGCCUUUGCCGACCUGCGCAACCUCAGGGCCCUGCACCUGAACAGCAACCGGCUGACCAAGAUCACCCACGACAUGCUGAGCGGGCUCCUCAACCUGCACCACCUGAUCCUCAACAACAACCAGCUGACGCUGAUCUCCGCCACGGCCUUCGACGACGUCCUGGCGCUCGAGGAGCUGGACCUGUCCUACAACAACCUGGAGACCAUCCCCUGGGACGCCGUGGAGAAGAUGGUCAGCUUGCACACCCUCAGCCUGGACCACAACAUGAUUGACAGCAUCCCCAAGGGGACCUUCUCCCACCUCCACAAGAUGACCCGCCUGGACGUCACCUCCAACAAGCUGCACAAGCUGCCCCCCGACCCCCUCUUCCAGAGGGCCCAGGUCUUGGCCACCUCAGGGAUCAUCAGCCCCUCCACCUUCGCCCUCAGCUUUGGCGGGAACCCCUUGCACUGCAACUGCGAGCUGCUGUGGCUGCGGCGCCUCUCCAGGGAGGACGACCUGGAGACGUGCGCCUCCCCGCCGCUCCUCUCGGGCCGCUAUUUCUGGUCGGUCCCCGAGGAGGAGUUCCUGUGCGAGCCGCCGCUCAUCACGAGGCACACCCACGAGCUGAGGGUGCUGGAGGGGCAGAGGGCCAUCCUGAGGUGCAAGGCCCGCGGAGACCCCGAGCCGGCCAUCCACUGGAUCUCGCCCGAGGGCAAGCUGAUCUCCAACGCCACGCGCUCGCUGGUCUACGACAACGGGACCCUCGACAUCCACAUCACCACCAUGAAGGACACGGGCUCCUUCACCUGCAUCGCCUCCAACCCGGCCGGGGAGGCCACGCAGUCGGUGGACCUGCACAUCAUCAAGCUGCCCCACAUUGUCAACAGCACCAACCACAUCCACGAGCCGGACCCUGGGUCCUCCGACAUCUCCACUUCCACCAAGUCCGGCUCCAACGCCAGCAGCAGUAGCAGCAGCAGCAACGGGGAGACCAAGGUCAGCCCCGACAAGAAGGUGGUGGUGGCCGAGGCCACGUCCUCCACCGCCCUGCUCAAGUUCAACUUCCAAAGGAAUAUCCCCGGGAUACGCAUGUUCCAAAUCCAGUACAAUGGGACGUAUGACGACUCACUUGUUUACAGAAUGAUCCCUCCCACAAGCAAGACCUUCCUGGUCAACAACCUGGCGGCGGGGACGGUCUACGACCUGUGCGUCCUGGCCAUCUACGACGACGGCAUCACCUCCCUGACGGCCACCCGCGUGGUGGGCUGCAUCCAGUUCACGACGGAGCAGGACUACGUGCGUUGCCAUUUCAUGCAGUCCCAGUUCCUGGGGGGCACCAUGAUCAUCAUCAUAGGGGGCAUCAUCGUGGCCUCCGUGCUGGUCUUCAUCAUCAUCCUCAUGAUCCGCUACAAGGUGUGCAACAACGGCGGGCACCCCAAGGCCGCCAAGGUUAGCAACGUUUACUCCCAGACCAACGGGGCCCAGCAGGCCCAGCAGCCAGGGUUCGGCGGCGCCGGCGCUGCCCUGCCGCCGUCGGGCUCCAAGCAGGCCGUGGGGCGUGAGGAGAGCCUGCAGUGCUGCAAGGUGGGCAGCGAGGGCUCGGCGCGGCCGGCGGACUCCUUUCCCGGCCAGGACUCCUGCUCCGCUUCUGCCGGCGCUACCUCCGCUCUGCCGCCCACGUGGACUCCGGGGCCCCCCGCUUCCCAAAAGCUGAAGCGCAAGCCCACGCCAAAGUCCAGCAGCCACGAGGCCGUGCCCAGCGAAGGCGCCUCCUGCUCCUCCGCGUCCGGCGGCCUCGAGUCGCAGAACACGAACCGCAACAACUCCACGGCGCUGCAGCUGGCCGCCCGGCCAGCGGACUCUUCCCCGGGGGCGGCCCCCGCCUACAAGAGAGCGCAAGCCAAGCCAAGUAAGUUCCUCACCUUGCCCGCCGACCCGUCCCGCGCCAAGCGCAGGUACUCCCUGAACGGAGAGAUCAUGGAAUACCACUGUUACCUUAACUCCCCGAACCCAGGCGGAUUUUGGUCUAAGCGGAGCCUGUCCAUGAACGGGAUGCUCCUUCAGACAGACUCCUCCGAGGCGGAUAGUGGCCAAGCAACUUUCUCCAGUUCGGAGUGGAUAUUGGAAAGCACAGUGUGAGCCGCAGGGGGUGUGUGGCUUUUCUUUUCUUUUUAUUUUGCCAGUCCUAAAAAAGGACGGAGGUUUCCCCCGCCCUCCAAACACUGUCCGAGAACUCGUGUCUGGGUGGGGGCAGUGUCUGGCUUUUUCCUGCCCCUCUCACCUCUCCGCACAGAGCAGGGCAUGGACCACCGAGGAGCGCCCUUUCACACCACCUUUUCUCUCUUGGGGUUUCUGUUUAAUCCAACAAGCGGAGGGAAAUAUUGGCAAGGAAACAAAGAUUUAAGGGGAAAGCACAAAAGUCGAGCGGGGUCUCCGCCUCUGCUAGGAUCGGCACCCGGGUCCCACCCUAGCCGAUCGAGGACCCAGGAGAGAGCCUUGGCCAGGGGGGAAGUAGGAGCCGUUUGUCGAAGGGCCUCGUUGCUCUUUCCUCUGUGCCAACGGAAGGCUGCUUUUCUGAUGGAUCAGUAGACAAAAAAGGGAGAGGGAGCAUUUCUAAAUCGAGCCAAGUGUCUUUUCUGCCCUCUUUCCUCCUGUGACUUUGGUCCUGCCUUCCUUUCUGGGCCAACGCUGUACAAAACCCAUCCAACUCUGUGUUGCUACGUUGUGUAAAAUAAAAUAUUCCUUCAAUACCUUCA